AUGAAUCUACGGGUUCUUGACCUUCAAUCCAACUUUCUCCAAGGCCCCCUUGUGAUUUUAGAUGCACCAUCUAUGGAGACCUUAUUACUUUCCCACAACAAUUUUAUAGGAGAGAUCUCUUCGUCAAUUUGCAACUUGAGCCUUGUUCGUCUUGAACUAUCUAACAAUAACUUGAGUGGAACAAUUCCUGAAUGUCUAGGAAACGCUUCUAGGCUUUUACUCUUGAACCUUGAAAUGAACAAUUUCCAUGGUUACGUCCCCUCAAUAUCUGUAUAUAGCUCCAUUCAAUAUAUCAACCUUAACAACAAUAAGUUGGAGGGAUCAUUACCACCUACAUUGGUUCACUGUAGCAAAUUGGAAGUUCUAGAUGUUGGGAACAACCUGAUAAAUGAUACUUUUCCUCAUUGGUUAGCAAAGCUUCCAGAUCUAAAAAUUCUAAUAUUGAGAUCUAAUAGAUUUCAUGGUUCCAUUGGAAAAUCAAAGACAAGAUUAUCAUUUUGUAACCUACGAAUAAUUGAUAUCUCUCACAAUCAGUUCACAGGUUCUUUGCCACCAAGAUUUUUUGAGAAAUUUAAUAUGAUGGGUGGGGAAAAUUUUAAAGGUCAUAUUCCACCAUUAUUGGAAAAUUUGACACAACUUGAAUCAUUGGACUUCUCUUUCAACAACUUUGUUGGAGAGAUUCCUAAUCAGCUGACAAGUCUAACAUUUCUUUCCGUGUUGAACCUUUCAUACAACCAACUUGUCGGAUUCAUACCUCAAGGAAAUCAAUUUGGUUCAUUUCCAAAUGACUCUUAUAUUGGAAACUUUGGGUUGUGUGGAUCUCCAUUGUCAAGGAAGUGUAUUCGUGAUGAGGCAUCAUCUCCAGUACCAUCAAUCUACCAUGAAGAAGAUGAGUCGAGCUGGUUUGAUUGGAAAAUUGCCUUGAUGGGUUAUGGAUGUGGACUAGUGUUGGGCAUAUCCAUUGGAUAUAUUGUAUUCACAACAAGAAAACCGCAAUGGUUCAUAAGGAAGAUUGAAAGAGAGAAUUCCACCUCCUUUCUCCAACAAAGGGUAAACCCACUUGUAGAACUGGUUUUGGAUUCUAUAUGGGUCUCUGUUCUUGAAAUUUCUAAACUUUAUACAUCAGAAUUGGUCCUUCAUACAGACUCCUGGAAAGAGAGUACUGAUUGCUGCUCUUGGGAUGGAGUCACUUGUGAUUGCUUCAUAGGUCAAGUAAUUGGCCUUGAUCUUUCUUCUAGUUGGAUUCGUGGUGCUGUCUUUGACAACAGUAGUCUCUUCCUCCUUCACCGUCUCCAGAAGCUCAAUCUAGCCUGUAAUGUUUUCAGUGAAUCCACCAUCUCAUCCAAGUUUGGUCAGUUUAUGAAACUGACACAGCUUAACCUUUCUUUCUCCGGUUUCUAUGGCUUAAUAGCAGCUGAAAUCUAUCACUUAGCAGAACUUGUUUCAAUUGACCUUUUUGGUAACUUUCAGCUUGGAUUACUAGAAAUCAGCCAAAAUGUUUUCAAUGAGCAAUUGCAGAAUCUGGGCAUUUUUAUACAAAGAUUGUCCAAUGUUUCACCGGAUGCAGUGGAUAUUUUUACAUGCAUAAAUCUCAACCAUACAAUCAAAACUGAUACAACAGAUUUUUCAAACUUUGGCGCCAAAAUGUUACAACUUCAACCGUCUGAAAUCUUCUUCAUUUCCAGCAAAAUAUCACCAACUUCAACAGAAUCUAACAAAAUUAAGGCAUCUGCAUAUGAUGGUUUGGAUAAGUCUUCAGUUGCUCUUGGCUCCUUGGUGAACCUGUCUUCAACUCUGAUAUCUCUUGUUAUCAGCUUUACACGCCUGCAAGGCGACUUCCCAGAAAACAUUUUCCGCCUUCCAUUCCUCCAAAAGUUGAGUUUAACCGGAAAUGUAUUUCUAACAGGUACUUUACCAAAGUAUAAUUGGAGCUCUUCACUGAGAUUCUUGGAUCUCUCUCACACAAAUUUCUCAAGAAAGUUACCUGACACAACCGGCAACCUUAUAUACCUGAAUGUUUUGAAUCUCUCAUAUUCAAGUUUCUCUGGAAAAUUGCCAGACAAAAUUGGCAAUCUUGGGUACUUGAAUAUGGUGGAUCUUUCUUUCAACAAAUUCAAAGGGUCGAUUCCUACAUCAUUUUGGAACUGCACGAAAAUCACUUCUUUAGAUUUGUCAUCCACUAACUUCACUGGCCCAAUUACGGCAUCACUAUCAAAACUUAGUCUGCUCAGAAAUUUAUAUCUCGGUUCCAACAGUUUCUCAGGGCAGAUUCCAGAUGUUUUUGGCAACCUCAGUAAAUUAACUGAUCUAGAUCUUUCAUCCAACAAUUUCAGUGAUAAUCUUUUAGACGGAAGAGUUCCAUCUUGGUUGUUUACUCUGCCAUUUUUGGAGAGAUUAGAGCUUAUCAACAACAAAUUCACAGGUCCAAUUGAGGAGUUCCAUCGGACUGGUUCAGUGGAAGUUGUUUCUUUAAUGAAUAACCAGAUUCAAUGUUCAAUUCCAAAUUCCAUGUUUGAACUUUCAAGCCUUACAGUACUUGACCUUUCAUCCAACAACUUGAUGAGUGGCAUUGCGAAUUUCGUCCCUUUUGGAAAAAAUUCAAUGAUGAAUCUAUUAGUUCUAGACCUUCAAUCCGACUUGCUCCAAGGUCCACUUUUGAUGCUAGAUGCGCCUAAUAUGGCUACCUUAUUAGUUCUUGAUAAUAUGUUCACGGGAGAGAUCCCUUCAUUAAUUUGCGACUGGAGUUCUAUUGAAAUUCUUGACUUGUCUAACAAUAACUUGAGUGGAGCAAUUCCUCAAUGUCUCGGGAACUCUGAUACAAUGUGGUGA